AUGAUCCUGCAUGGUGGUGACCCUGAGCAGUGCAAGAGGGAUGUCAUCACCAGGCGGGUGCCCAUGCUGGAGUUUGCCGCCCCCGGAAAGUUGCCGUCAGGCUGCCUGGGGAUGCAGUGUGGGGCUCCCGCAGGGACAGACCUCCUGGCCAGCAGGCCCUCACCCCGUGUGGUGAAGACCCACUUGCCCGCGCGCGUGCUGCCCCCAUCCUUUUGGCUCAACGGUUGCAAGGUGAUCUAUGUCGCCCGCAACGCCAAGGACGUGGCCGUCUCCUUCUACCACUUCUACCUGAUGAACAAGCUGCUGCCACAUGCCGGCACCUGGGCCGAGUACCUGGAGGAGUUCAUGGCAGGCAGAGUGGUCUAUGGUUCCUGGUAUGACCAUGUGAAGGGCUACUGGGAGCGGAGGAAGGAGCACCCCAUCCUCUUCCUCUUCUACGAGGACAUGAAGGAGGACCCGCAGCGGGAGAUUGGGAAGGUCGUGCAGUUCCUGCAGCGGGAGCUGUCGCCAGCGGUGCUGGAUGCCAUUGCCCAUCACACCUCCUUCGAGAGCAUGCGGGACAACCCCACCACCAACUACACCUCGGUGCCUGCUGACCUCAUGGACCACCAUGUCUCCCCCUUCAUGCGCAAAGGCAUUGCCGGUGACUGGAAGAACCACUUCACGGUGGCGCAGAGCGAGCGCUUCGACGAGGAUUAUGCCCAGAAGAUGGCAGGGACCGACCUGCGCUUUCGCACCGAGCUCUGAGGUGGCGGCCACCACACGCCCCGAAGCCACUGCCAGACCUAGGGACCAA